CGGACGUCAAUGUCUAAAAUGACGGGUGGUGCGGGCGGUUCGGGGGGCAAUGACUUCGUUCCUGCGAGUGACGUGCAGAUGUACGAGCUGCGCAGGAAGUGGAGAGUGUGGCGUCAUGUGACGCAGGGUCAGAGGUUGGGAACAUGGGAGAAGAGGCAUGGGGAUUAUAAGCUGCGCUGCAACUAUUGCAAGCAUGUGUGGCAGAGGAAUUUGUUCAAGGCACAAUGCCACUUCACGCAAUUGAAGGGGUGCGCGGCGGCGACGAUGGCCGUCUUUGUAGACAUUUGGAACCACACGGAUUACGAGUUCGGUAAGCGACAUCACCGAGGUAUCGUGGCUUACAUGAGGGAGCACGAUAUCGCGGAUGGACGAGUUGUGGACGUCCAGCGAGGCAGUGGCAGGGGGAGGACGGGUGCGUCACAGUCGCAACCAGAGGAGCGCGAUCCUGUGGACGAGGUACAGGAGUUCUUGGAUGAGGAGGCCAAGCGAGCCGGGGCCAGGGAGGGUGGAGGGACAGGCGCAGCACCGGAUUUGGCGGGGGAGGAGGUGGUGAUGAUUGCGCGAGGGAGCAGUGCCGCUCAUCAUCAAGAGGGGGACGCACCGGGCGCAGCGGGGAAGAGGCCGGUGGCCAGUGGAGUUGAGGGCGUGCUACAAGUGCGCAAGAGAGAGCGGCAGUCCACUCUGGAUGAGGUGUACGAUCCAGAUGGGCAGGCCGCAUUCAGGGACACGUUUUUGCAGUGGGCCUACGAUAGUGGUAUACCAUUUGCUGCGUUCAGGAGACAGUCAUGGUAUAGGCACAAGAAGGCGUUGGCCGCCAUGUCUCGCGGAGUGCGGCCUGUCCAUCCGUCCUUCAAGGACAUUGAGGACGGUGGUAUCGAUGACCAGUGGGGGAAGGUUGCCGCGAUGUUGAGGGAGGGCGAGGCAGUCCAGGAGGUUGCUCUUGCCAAUGCCGCAGGGAGUCAGGGGCUACCGCUGCAGCUCCUGCUUGAGAUUGUCGUGGGAAUAGGCUAAAGAUAGCCUGUUCCCGAAACCCUGGUUUUGUGCCUGAGUGUUAGGACAGGUCGAUCUUAUGAGGGCCCGAAAG